GAGCUGUGCUCACCUGAUGUCAUAGCUGUCUUUAUCACUUUUCAUGAUAAACUGGUUGAUUAUCUCUAUCAGUGGGAUAUUGGGAUUUGGAUUGUUAUCCUCCUCAUUUUCAAUGAUCAUGUCUGCAUUUCGUAGUAUAGCUUGGUUUUCGAAAGGAAUGCGUGAAUACACAAAAUCAGGCUAUGAAUCAGCUGCUUCACGUUUUGAUCCUAAUGAACUGACAAAUGUACGCUUAGACAAUCAUCGUGUUUUAGUAACUGGAGCAAAUUCAGGGAUAGGUCUUAUGUGUUGCAAGGAAUUAGCUAGACACGGUGCAGAAAUCCAUAUGGUUUGUCGUAGUAAACCUCGUGCUGAAGAGGCACGUCAACAGAUAAUCUCUGAAACUGGAGCAAAAGAUUCGCGUAUAAUUAUUCAUUCAUUGGAUCUUGCUAAACCGAAUGAUGUCCGGAAUUUCGGAAAACAAUUUGCUAGCAGUAAUGAUUCACGUCUAGAUAUUUUGAUUAAUAAUGCUGGUUGUAUGAUUAAUGAAUAUAAAACUGAUGAAAAUGGUCUAGAAGCUAAUUUUGCCACAAAUACACUUGGUACUUUUAUACUAACUGAAAGUUUAAUACCAGCAUUAAAAAAAUCAUCUGAUGCUCGUGUGAUUACUGUUAGUUCAGGUGGAAUGUUAGUAGAAAAAUUAAAUCAUGCUGAUCCAAUGCUUACAAUGAAACAGAAAAAAUUUGAUGGAACAAUGGUUUAUGCACAAAAUAAACGUCAACAAGUUGUUAUGACUGAAAUGUGGUCUAAAAACUAUCCAGAAAUAUUCUUUUGUUCAAUGCAUCCUGGUUGGGCUGAUACACCAGCUGUCGCUCUCUCGAUGCCAUCAUUUUAUAAUAAAAUGAAAAACAAACUAAGAACACCAGAACAAGGUGCAGAUACAGCAAUUUGGUUAGCUAUGGUGCCAAAUGUUAGACGAUUUCAAAAUGGUUCUUUCUUUCAAGAUCGUCAAGUAGUUAGUCAACACUUGACAUUAGGUUGUACACAUUCAAAAGAUGAUGAGAAACAAAUAUUCAUGUCGAAAUUAGCUGAUAUUGCAUCACCUUUCAUGAAAUGAUGAUCUCUACUAUACAUUAAUUAGUUUGUCUACAGAAGGAAAUAAUAAAUUAAUCACAUCUUAUUAUUUAUUACUAAAAUACAUAUAUUAUUAUACUCAAGUUGUUUAUUAUUCAUGUCGUAUAAUUUUGAGGUAUUUUUGUUGUUGUUGCUACAACUAACUUAUUUUAUUGAUGCUUUAGAGUUUAUUUUUUAUCACGUAAAUGUACCGCAUGAAUAUGUAUUUCAAUUAAUAAUAUAUUAUAAAUAUUGUAUUGUUCAAUGGUGUAAGAAUAUAAAUAUCCAUUUUUUUUGCUGUAAACUCUAUAAUGUGUGUCAGCUCAACAUGACAAUUUUCUCUUCUUUUUUUUAUACUUACAGUUAUUAGAUUGUAAACACUCAAUUCUGCUUCACAUAUAUAUAUAUAUAUAUAUAUAUAUAUAUAUAUAUAUAUAUAUCAGGGAUAGUUUUAUAUUUUUACACUAUUUUUUUUUAUAGAAUAGUAGUAACACACCUUCACUUUUUUGAAUAUGACCAUUUGAAGCUUCCAUGCUGUAAUGUCUCUCUGUCAGUUUACAAAAACAAUGAUUAUCAAUUUUUACCUAAA